UAAAAAUUGAACAUCUUUCUUACCAAAAUACACUCCUAUUGGUUACCUGGGACAAACUGCUUUAUGUUCUAUCUGGGCAAUUGUGGUGUCUUCUUUCAAUGUCACUGUAAAUUAGGACAGUUCUAAUGCUUUCCAUGUCCAAAGAAAGUUGCAUCUUUCAAACGGUAAGAAACAGAGAAAAAAGUCCACAGAGAUAUGGAAAUUGUGGGAGAUGGGGUGAUCAUUGGUGCUGGAAUAGCCGGGCUAGCCACUGCUGUAGCCUUGAAGAGAGUUGGGGUUCAAGCUUUGAUCUUAGAGAAAUCAGACACUCUACGAUCCACUGGUGCAGCCUUAACCCUCUUUCCAAAUGCUUGGCUUGCCCUUGAUGCUCUUGGUGUUUCUGAUAAGCUUACUUCCCUUUAUACUCCUUUCUCAAAGGGGUCUAUAACCGAUGUGGCUACUGGAGCUGUUCAGGAAGUCCUCUACACUGGAAAUGGAGGCAAAGCUCAGGGACCCAUAUUAGUUCAUCGCAAAGCUCUAUUAGAGGCUCUAGCAAAAGAAUUGCCUGCUGAUUCAAUUCGAUUUUCUUCCAAGUUUACUGCUAUUGAACAGCAAGAACUCGGAGAUGUUUCCAUUGUUUUACUUCAUUUGAAAGAUGGAACUACUACCAAAUCAAAGGUUUUGGUAGGCUGUGAUGGGGUGAACUCGGCGGUGGCCAAAUGGCUAGGACUCUCUGCACCAAUUCAUUCAGGUCAAGCAGCAGUACGUGGAUUAGCAGUUUUUCCCCAAGGUCUUGGGUUUAAGAAGGAAGUCGCACAGUUUGUAGAUGUUGGAAAAAGGGCUGCUUUCGUCCCUCUAACCGACAAAGAAUUAUAUUGGGCUUUAGCUUGCCUUGAAGGAGAAAGCAUGGCAAGAGACCCAGGACUAAUACAGAAAGAAGUAAUUGAGAACCAUGCAAAGGAUUUUCCUCCAGAAUACUUAGACGUGGUUCGACAUGCUGAUCUUUCAAAUUUGACAUGGGCUCCAUUGAUGUUUAGACAUCCAUGGAAUGUCAUAUUUGGAAAUCUUAGCAAAGGAAAUAUCACGUUGGCUGGUAAUGCUAUACACCCAAUGACACCUGAUCUAGCACAAGGUGGGUGUUCAGCUUUGGAGGAUGCAGUUGUAUUGGGCAGACACAUUGGGAAUUCUUUUAUCAAAAAUGGGGGACUACUUGUUCCAGAGAACAUGGCUCCAGCCACUGAUGGGUCCCAGAGCCUUCGGUCUUGAAGUCUUCCAACUCCAUUUCCAUGGCGCUUCUUGCUAUUCUUUUGACCUCCAAAUACUCACUCAAAACCUUGAUUUUCUCUCUCUCUUUUCACUUAAUUCCCACCAUACCCU